GGAGUCGAGUCGAGUUGGAGAUUGGAAAAAAGAGAAAGGACCGUGCGUCCAUGUUGCGCAGAGACAAAAGAGAGUCGAGUGUGUGAACUUUACAGAGGAAAAAAGCAGAAAGACACAUUUUCGAUUAUAUAUAAGAGGACUAUCUUCGAGCCACGAGGUUUUGCAGCGGUUUUGAAUCUUUUCAAGCUGUUUGCACAUCACCUGAAGACUACAGAUACAAGGAGUUUCAAGACUCAAAGCACAAACACGUUGAAGAGAAAACAAAACAUUUUGGGGGGGAAUCCCACCUUAAGUCAAGUUCUUUUUAUAUAUUCCACACAGAACAUACAUAUUUGAAAGAACUUUGAAAUAUUUGAAAGAACUUGAAGUAGCCAGCAGUAUUUGGGGGAAAAAAGCAAAAAAAAAAAAAAACAAACAAACAAACAAAAAAACAUUUUGACCCAAGUGAAUUCCAAGGGCCAUUUCUGAAAAUAAGCCCCAUUUGAAUGUUAAGCAAAAGAGAGAAAAGAUAUUCAGAAAACAGCACUUGGCUCUUAAGACAGGACAAGCGGUACUACUUAUUCAAGAGCCACAACAGAACUUUGAGCUUUCAACAAAAUACUUUCAUAAAAGUUCAGGGAAGUCCAUUUGAAGCAUAGAUAAGGAGUCCUGAGUUAAGUUUGCUUUAGCAAGUAUAAAACAGGACAUGACCUCCAGAGCAAUCACACUCGUAUAGAUUUUUAUAUUGCGAGUGAGGACAUAAUUAUUUAUUCAUAUAAAUAAUAUUUUCUCUUCUUUAAGGAGAGCUGUCAUAUAGAUGUAUAUGUAAACAUAUUUGUCAUACGUCAGACACUCUUCUUUUCAAGAGUUUUCUGCGUACAAGUCUGUGUGAACUGUCAAUCACACCAGGCCAAAACUCAAAGUUCUUUAAACAGCAGAACUGUUUACAUCAAAGGGCAUUUUUUUUCCAAAGUCUAUCUGGAAAACAAAUCUGUGAAAGUUUGAAAAAAAGAGAAAAAAAAUACAAACGAAAAAGAAAACUACAAAAAAAUUGAACUGUAAAGAGAAACUCUUGAAGCCAUGGCUACUGCGAGAACAGAAAACCCAACCUCAGUCAUGGGACUGGGCAAACCAAACGGGCAGCUCAGGGGACCACCCAAGCCUGCUGGACUUCAGCCUGGACCCAUAUCUGCUGCCAGACAACCAACCAUGGCAUCUAUUGUGUCUCAGACUGGAAGCACCAUACCCCAAACCAGUGAUGGCAUUCGGUUUGGCGAUGACUGGAAGAAGUGCCUGCAGCUACCACCAAAAGACACCAGAAUGAGAACCUCAGAUGUGACCUCUACAAAGGGGAAUGAGUUUGAAGACUACUGCCUAAAGCGUGAGCUACUGAUGGGCAUCUUUGAGAUGGGCUGGGAAAAACCCUCUCCCAUUCAGGAGGAGAGCAUUCCUAUUGCCCUGUCUGGCAGGGACAUCCUGGCCCGGGCCAAGAACGGCACAGGCAAGAGUGGAGCCUACCUCAUCCCCUUACUGGAGAGGAUAGACCUCAAGAAGGACUACAUCCAAGCCAUUGUGUUGGUGCCCACUCGUGAGCUGGCCCUGCAGGUCAGCCAGAUCAGCAUCCAGAUCAGCAAGCACAUGGGUGGGGUCAAGGUCAUGGCCACCACAGGAGGCACCAACCUGAGGGAUGACAUCAUGCGCCUGGAUGAAACGGUCCACGUUAUAAUAGCCACUCCAGGCAGGAUCCUGGACCUCAUCAAAAAAGGUUUGGCCAAAGUGGACAGAGUUCAAAUGUUGGUGAUGGAUGAGGCAGAUAAACUUCUCUCUCAGGACUUUGUGACACUCAUCGAGGACAUCAUUAGCUUUACGGCCAAGCAUCGACAGAUCCUACUCUACUCUGCCACCUUCCCCGUCACUGUGCAGAAGUUUAUGGCAAAACAUAUGCAGAAGCCCUACGAGAUCAACCUGAUGGACGAGCUUACUUUGAAGGGCAUUACCCAGUAUUAUGCCUAUGUCACUGAAAGGCAGAAAGUCCACUGUCUGAACACGCUUUUCUCCAGGCUGCAGAUCAAUCAGUCCAUCAUCUUCUGCAACUCCACCCAGAGGGUGGAGCUCUUGGCCAAAAAGAUCACCCAGCUGGGCUACUCCUGCUUUUACAUCCACGCCAAGAUGAUGCAGGAGUACAGAAACCGUGUGUUCCACGACUUCCGAAAUGGGUUGUGCAGGAACUUGGUCUGCACAGACCUGUUCACCAGGGGAAUUGAUAUCCAGGCUGUCAACGUAGUCAUCAACUUUGACUUCCCCAAAAAUGCAGAGACAUACCUGCAUCGCAUUGGCAGAUCAGGCCGAUAUGGUCACUUGGGUCUGGCCAUUAACCUAAUCACGUCUGAGGACCGCUUCAACCUCAAAGGCAUCGAGGACCAGCUGUCCACCGACAUCAAGCCCAUUCCAGGCUCCAUUGACAAGAGCCUCUACGUGGCGGAGUUCCACUCCGUGGACCCAGACGCUGAGCAGGAGACGGAUGCAGCGCGCAAAGCAGGGGACCCCAACGCGCAUUAGGGUGACCGGUGAUUUCAAGGAGAUGGCUGGCAUAUACGCUGAAGUGCACUGCACGGCAAUGUCUGUUUUUUAGAUUUGUGUCCUCCCAAAGCGGCUAUUCUUUUGUUUUCCUUUUCUUAAAAACUUUGGCACAGAGUACUUUACUUUCUUAGUACAUUGUGAAUUCAGAAAAAAAAAUCAGCCCAAGAUUCACAUGCAGCAUCCUAUGAAUCAAUGCUAUUGUACCAGCACCAGUGAUUUGUUUCAGUUUUAAAGUCACUCGUUUUCUCUCCAAUUGAUCGUGUCUGAUACAGGUCACUGUUAAAAAAUCAAUACUCUCCGUAUCAAACGUCUUCCACUUCAGUUUAACAAAAGCUGCACCUUUCUCUUGUCUGUGAUUUAGUUUCUUCAUUUUACCUGCUUUUUUCCCUUUCUAUGUGGGAGUAAAGGUGCACAUACAGAUGUUCACUUAAGAUUAAAGAUUUGUGAGAUCAUUUAGGCCUUGACCAAACAAUUGCUCCUAUGAAUGGUCUAGUUUUAUAGUCCAUCCGUCAAGGCGAAAAUGUCAAGUUCAGCUGUGUAAAUGAUCUGAAGUUUACUCCCUAGAAAGAAAUUUAGCGGGUAUACUGUGUUGGAUGAAUGAUGCAAAGCCACACAAAGUCAUCUCCUCUGUCGCUUUAACACUAUUUCUUGCUCUAUCAAUAAUCACAUGCAACACUCUUCUCUCUCAAGUGCCUUAAUCAAUAGUUCCACCUCUUCUCCCUACAUCAGCCCUAAGCUAGUUGAUUGAGUGAUCCGAGACAAAUGCCUGGAUUAAGAUUUAACACUUGUCUUUUUGCUUUUGAAAGUAUACUAUAUUAUAAAAUGGUUGGAGCAUUCUGUUUGGGAGAGGGGUGUAGGCUAUGGGUAAUUUCUUUGUCCCUGCCAAGCCUGGUAGUUGUAAGAAGCUUGUCAUUUUGACAGAGGAGUGUGAGGUCUUAAAACGGGUGACUUUUGCUGACCAAAUGAGCUGUUUUCAAUUGUAUGACUAAUGGAUGCCGAAUGGAAAAUGUGUUUGAAUAUAAUUUUGAUAGAAGCACAAAAUGAAACCUGUUCAUUCUCAUCAGUGUGAUUGUUUUUGGUUAUUGCUUUGUGCCAAAGUGUAAUAGUUCUGAUGACAUGUGAACCAUUUUCCAUGUGGAACACGACCCCUCUCUUAAAAUGGACAGUGACCAGCUCCAUGUACCAAUGCCAGCCUGUAGCUCCUUCACCUAAUGGAAAAAGAAAUAAAAGUUCAGCGUAUUUCCCUA